AUGGCGCGGCCACCGCUCGCCCUCCCCUCAGCCGCUCCAGCCCUCGCGGCCCCGGAAGCGUUCCCGCCUCCGCUGCUCCUGGCCCGGACAUCCCUCCCUCGGCCUGGGCUGGGCUGGCAGUGCCGGGGGAUACGGCCUGUGCCGGGCGGCUCCAUGGCGGCGACCACGGCCACGGCGGCGUCCUCGGCCCCGCCGAAGAAGAUCGUGGCGCCCACGGUGUCGCAGAUCAACGCGGAGUACGUGACACAGUUAGCAAAUAAAUACUGGGCUCCACAUGUGAAGAAAACAUUGUCUUUUGAUGUAAAGGUCAUUGAAGAUGUAUAUACAAAAGAAAUUGUCAGGUCAAAGUUUGCGAUUAGAAAGAUAAUGCUUCUUGAAUUCAGUCAGUACCUUGAAAAUUACCUAUGGAUGAAUUAUUCUCCAGAGGUGUCCAGUAAGGCAUAUUUAAUGUCAAUCUGCUGUAUGGUGAAUGAGAAGUUCAGAGAGAAUGUCCCUGCGUGGGAGAUAUUCAAAAAAAGGCCAGAACACUUUCCUUUCUUUUUCAAACGCAUACUGGAAGCAUCGCUGGUCGAAGAUGAGAGUGAGUACUCUCUGCAUGAACAGACAGUCCUGCUGCUUUUCCUUGAUCACUGCUUCAAUAGUUUGGAAGUGGAUUUGAUCAGAGGUCAGGUGCAGCAGCUCAUUUCCUUGCCGAUGUGGAUGGCUCUACAACCUAAUCGACUGGAGCAAGAGUUGAAAAAGACACCAAAACUAAAAAAAUUCUGGAAUCUAAUUAAGAAAAAUGAUGCAAAAAUGGAUGAAGAGUCAAGAAUGCAAGCAUAUCGAGAGAGAAGAUUUCUUUCACAGCUCAUUCAGAAAUUCAUUUCUGUUCUGAAGUCAAUACCUGUCUCAGGUCCUAUUUCUAUGGACAAAGUUCAUUAUUGUGAGAGGUUUAUUGAACUCAUGCUAGACCUUGAG